ACAGGUAUUUGGCAACCCACUUUCAACCGGAAGUCGGGAUUUUGUCCAGCAGCUUUUUGUGUUUGCUGCGCUUUAGCCUGUUGCUACCGGAGUUCGCAGCUGUUCCAAGGUUCGUGAGUGGAACAUGGCGGAGGAAGAUGAUGACCCUGGGUUUGAUGAGGAGAUGGAUGAAGGGGGAAACGGUGUGGAUGCGGGUCACGGCAGAAGAAAGAGACUUUUCUCGAAAGAGCUUCGCUGUAUGAUGUAUGGCUUCGGCGACGACCAGAAUCCGUACACAGAGUCUGUGGAUAUUCUGGAGGACCUCGUGAUCGAGUUCAUCACGGAGAUGACCCACAAAGCCAUGUCCAUCGGACGCCAGGGCCGAGUUCAGGUCGAGGACAUCGUCUUCCUCAUCCGGAAAGACCCGAGAAAGUUUGCGAGGGUGAAAGAUCUGUUGACGAUGAACGAGGAGCUCAAGAGAGCCCGCAAAGCCUUUGACGAGGCUAAUUAUGGCUCCUGAGCUGCCAUGUCCAGUGCUGUUCCUCAAGCAGCUUCGUCAUGCUGACUGUAAAGUGAUGAGUGUGCGGAGUUCUUUGAAAACUCCUCCUUUUUGUGCAUCUUUAUACUUUUGCCUAAACUAUAUACUUUUGGAAAUGAUCAGACCUCUCAUUAGUUCAGCAGUGAACUGCAUCCUAGAUGUUAUUUUAAGUAAGUUGACCAAUAGUGUGUCUACGAAGUACUGAACAAAUUUUAUGUAAUGUAUACAGGCAUUUGUUCUGUUCCUCAAAAAGUGUUUUUUUUUCUUUUCCCCCUUCUUUUUUGAGUGAAUUGCUGACCUAACCUUAGUAUAAACCGAUCCCAAUAAAGGAUAACACAUGCAACCUACAA